CGGUGCAGAUCUGAUCCCCUUCCGAUAACAGAACUUGGGACUACUGCAAAGUCUGCCGCAAGACAAAGUUUGUGGCCGAAGAAGAAUUCAUUACCUAGGGCAUAGGUGAAUUUCAUUUCCUAUCUGUGAUCAAAAUCAAAAAAAGGUAGGGUUUGCUCACUGUGAAAAAAUUGACGCAGCCUUGCAUUAAAACGCUUCAUGACGCAAUAAAGUUGUUGUUGGCAUCCGUUGUUGCAAGAACGUCAAUAUCUGUUGCUGGAGAAGUGUUAUAAAUUUACACGGAUACAAUAGCAGGUUGGAGGCUCGGGGAACGAAUUGUCAGUGUUUGUAGGUUUCUAUGGUGACUGAUAUAUAUAUAGGGAUACGUAACAGGCAGUCCCCACCAAGAGGAGAACUAUUACCAUGUGUGGGUCUGUGUCCGUCUGUCUAUCUGUGUUUGCUGCCUGGAUCGCCAUUGCUGAGUCUGGUAGCGGGAAUGAAUGGGGAUAUGAGCCUGGUAUUGGUCCGUCCACUUGGAGCCUGCACUACCCACAGUGUGGCGGAUCCAGCCAAUCACCAAUCUCCGUGGAUACAGCUUCAGCCGUCCUUGACAAAAAUCUGACGGCCUUCACCUUCAGUGGCUACGAUAACGUCAACAACAUCAGUAUGAGCAUGAAGAACAACGGCCACACAGUACAAAUUGACUUGACCGGAAAGUUGAUGACGAUUUCUGGCGGGGGAGUGAGCGACAUCUACCGGGCCAAACAAUUCCACUUCCACUGGGGGUCAGAGGAUAGGCGUGGCUCCGAGCACGACAUCAACGAUAACCACUUCCCUAUGGAGAUGCACGUGGUACAUUACAAUUCAAAAUACGAUACGUUUGAGGACGCGGUCAACGAGACGAACGGCCUGCACGUCCUGGCGUUCCUGUUUGAGGUUGGUACUGUCAACCACCACUUCGAUGAAAUCAUUCACCAUUUCUACCAAAUUGCUCACAAGGCUGACCACGUGAAUUUAACAACUUUUCCGUUGUCUGGACUGUUUCCGGAUGAUCUUAAGGUUUAUUACCGCUAUCACGGUAGUCUGACGACGCCCCCGUGCUCCGAGAGCGUCAUAUGGACCAUCUUCAAAGAGACCAUCAAAAUCUCCGAGGAUCAACUCAUGAAGUUCCGUCACAACGUGCACCGGAACUACGCCAACGAGACAGACAGAGACAUUUCUAACGACUUCCGGCCAACGCAGCAUCUCAAUCACCGCUUUGUCUACGCCAGUGACACUAGCGCCAUCUAUAAACCUAUUUCAGCAUCGGGAACAUUAGUUCCAUCUAGUAUAUGUAUUCUUGCAAUAAUAUUUUUACUCUCUGUCUUCACGUGGUAGAACAAAAGGAACUUACUGUUGUAGAGGGUCUUAAGGACGGAUUUAUGUAUAUGUUUAUUUGUUUUUAUAUAUCUAUAUUGCAAAUCGGGUUUUUGCUUUUAAUGCUGAUUAUUAUUCAAAGAAAUCUUGCCCUUUAUAUAUCGAAAAGCUUUUUCAAAAGAGCACAUCUUUAAUUGUUUUUUUACUAAGAGUUUAACUAUAUCACUUUUUUAUCAUCAGUUGCAACACGAUAGUAAAUUAUUUUGAAAAAAAAAUCACGAUGUGUUCUCAUAGGGAACGCGAGUUUCUAAAUUAAAACAAGAUCAUUGAAAAUGAACAAAGUUACAGAUAAAUUCUUAAUAUAAACAAAAGGCUAAUUGUAUUUAACUUUCGCAUGGCUUUUAGAAAUAACAUAAACGCCUUUUGCAACGUUUAGAAUGCAAUUCAUAAAUACUGAACACAUAUACUGUUAAUGAUAAUAUCUGCAUGUACAUGUAUGUAAGUACCUAGCUUGAGAAUAUGUAAUAGAUGAUAAA